CAAUCGCGGCAAAACAUCUGUUCAAAAAUCUAGCUUUCAAGCUACAGUCAGCCGCUCCAUGUGUCGUUUGAUUGCUUAAAAGCGUUCACAGUUAUGGACGAGGGGAUAAUAUUUCGCAUGAGUGCAUUUUCCGAGCAAGGGGGCAGGAAAUACAUGGAGGACGUGAUCGAGAUACGAAUCGAGUACGAGCCGACGCCGCCGCCAGCCGAAGAUUACCCAAAGUCGCAGAGACAUGGAGGACAGGGGGAAGCGGACAGUGAACCCACGGCACAGCCCGUGAACGAGACCCAAUCCGGGCCAGCCUCCUGCGCGGUGUGGGUCGAGAGUCUGCCGCACGAGGACAACAACAACACACCGGCGUCGGAGGAGGAGGGGAAGAACGUCGCGGAGGUCAACACUCGGAAGUCCGUGGCGUUUUUCGCAGUGUUUGAUGGCCACGGGGGUCGCGAAGCGGCACACUUCGCGAGGGACAAUCUGUGGGGAUUAUUGAAGAAGCAGCGGGGCUUUUGGUCGAAGGAUCACAGUGAAGUGUGCGGUGCUCUCAGGAAAGGUUUCAUCGCCUGUCACCACGCGAUGUGGAAGGAGCUACCGGAGUGGCCAAAGACGAUAACCGGCCUGCCCAGUACGUCGGGCACCACGGCCAGCGUGGUUGUGAUCCGCGGGGUCCACAUGUACGUUGCCCAUGUCGGGGAUUCGGGAGUGGUGGUUGGAGUGCAAGGAAAUGACUCGGACAUCACGCUGCAGGCACUGGAAAUAACCCAAGACCACAAACCUGAACUCCCCAAAGAAAAAGAACGGAUUGAACGACUGGGUGGCAGCGUAAUGAAAAAAUCCGGGGUGAACCGUGUUGUGUGGAAGAGGCCCAGGCUGACCCACAACGGCCCUGUGAGGAGGAGUACAGUCAUCGACCAGAUCCCCUUCCUGGCGGUGGCCCGAUCCCUCGGCGAUCUGUGGAGCUACGACUUCUUCAGCGGGGAGUUUGUGGUUUCUCCAGAGCCCGAUACCACCGUGAUGACCCUCGACCCCAGCCGGCAUCGCUACGUGAUCAUCGGCAGUGACGGACUGUGGAACAUGAUGCCGCCCAAGAAUGCAGUCAACAUGUGCUCCAGCCACGACAAAAUGAUGGGACCAAAGGGAAUGUCCUGCGCCCGCCGGCUGGGGUGCACCGCCCUACUGUUUUGGAAAGAACGCAUGCUCCGUGCAGACAACACAACAGUGAUUGUCCUGGCCCUGCAGGAGCGCGGGGUCCCGCCUAUCCCGAUGCAUAGAGACGAGAUCGUCGUUGACAUGUCCACAGGAAUGGACCACGUUCCCUUCCCCGGAACGACUUAUAACACGUGUGUGGUCCCAAAGAGGAGUGACGCAGCAAACGCCCCCUCCCCAUUCAAAGACAGUACCGCGGCUCUGUGGCAGGCAUUUGGGCUGCACGAAGCAGCUUCCGGCGCCCCCGCACAGCUCUUACCUGAUGCUGACUCUGGGAGGGCCACUCGGCCCCCCUCAGACGCUACAGCGAAUAAUUUCGAAAAGCAAGACUCUGCAACCCCGAUGGGCUGCGCUGCUCCUGCGCCUCCCUUAAAGAGGCCUCGGCGCUCUCCACAUGCCGGACUACGGGGUCGCCCCGGUCGGCUCGGCCGGUCCUCCAUCAAACGUUCCCUCCACGUGACGCCGGGCGUCAAUCUGCAAAGUCAACGUCCGGGUCAAACUCGAGGUCAAGCGAUGAGCUCCUCCGAGGAAAGCGGCAUCCUACCGCGGCGCCACAGCUCUUCCUUGUGCGUCUGCUGAUUAUUGUCUUAUAGAAACUGUUUUUGUUGUUGUUUUUCUGCCCCGAGGCGAGAAAGAUGAUCUGUAUCAGGUGUGCCACGGGCCAAUUCCGAGAUGUAUACUUUUUAUACAGAAAUGUUUUGUUUUUGUAAAUAUGUGAGAGAUUUGAGAUUUUAAAUGUGUUGCUGGUUUAACCUUUUUCUUCCCAGCCCCUCUCUAGAACUGACAUUUUUAAAUCCAUUUAAUCCACACAAUCUAUUUUCAUACGUAUAAGUAUGUAUAGUAUAUAUCCAAAAGGCAUAUUUUGAGGAUAGAUUAAUACAAUCCGAGAUAACAUCAGUUCACCAAAAUUAGGACACGCGUAAUCUUCCAGUUUACAUUUCCAUCGAAUGAAUUCAUUGUUUAAGAUUGAUUAAUCGUCUGAUUCCAUAACAUCCUGAAAUGUGCUACUAUGCCAUUGUUAGGGUAUUUUAUUAAUAUAAUGAUUUAAUUGGGUUUCAUAGAUGCCCCCGUAAGUGGUGAUAAUGUAGCUUGCAAAAUAAUGGGUCUAAAGUAUUGAUGAAGAUAUUGAUUUUAAAUCUAUUACUUGUUUAGUGUUUGAACUGUAGCUAAUUAUGUUCUGUCCUGAUCACAAUUGCUACUCAGCUAAUUGGUGUAUCUCAUGCAGCGCUUGUGAAGAGGGGUGAAAGGGUCUGUUCACCAAAACCAGAAAAAAAACAAGCGGAAUAUUUUCUCUCACUUUGCCCUCGUGGUUUCUCUAAUGUACAUAAUGCGUGGUUAGAGUGAACUGACCCCCUUGUUGGUACUUAGCUGGAGAGAUCCAUUUCCAUUUUAUAUUUUCUUUAUUUGACCAAUGGUACUGUAUUGGGUGCUCAUGUGAAAGCCAAGGUUCACACCUGUACCUCACUGGAAGGUGGUUUGGAGUCUGCUUUCUCCGGGACUGGUUCACACAACACCCAGUUUAUUUUACUGGCCACUUCCAUUUCUUUUCAUAUAUUGUACCCUUAUGUGUGUGUGUGUGGUCUGCUCCUAUAACUCGUGUUUUAAUCUGCACAGGAAGCACCUUCAGUAACAUGAAGUUGUAGCUUGUUGUUAACAUGGCAGCUCAGUAGCACAAAGAGUCAGAGGUGCUAUUCACAGGUUUUCAUAGUUGGGACUCAAACGGGUGCGAAAUCUCCAGGAUAUCUCAAUGUAAAUAUGGCUGUGGCCCAGCAGUUUGUGGAUUCUACUUGUCCAGCACGUCAAUAUGCAAUAGAAAUGUGUACAGUACGUUAUUAUGCACAAGUAUUGAGGAUUCUGGCAUGCUCGGAUCUACUCUAACGUUAUGUGUCCAGAGGUAAUGGAUGUUAAUGGGCAUGUGAUCUGGUUUUUGACAGUGACAAUGCGUUGUGUCUGACUUCAUAUCCACUGCAACCAGUUUUCAGGACGAAUAAUGUAAUACUAAUUGUAAUAAAGCUAUCAUUUUUCAAAGUCGGUGGCGUUGAAAGAGUGUGUUGCAGUGUCUAUGUGGCUCCAGACAACAAUCUCCAGCCCAGUGUGUGUAGCUGUUCUCGUGCCUAUGAUCAAUGACCUCGCAUGUUUCUGUUUUAAAAAAAGUAAUGUAAUGUGUUUUCCUUCAGCUACUGUGUAGCUUGAAU